AUGAUUAGCGCUGAUGAUUUAACGAUUAUAAAGCCAAGAACAUCGCAUGUAAGAAGACCUGAGGAAAGUAUUCGUACUAAGGGCUCCAAUCCCUCAUCAUCCAACCUUCGUGAGGAACUUACUAAAGAAGGAGCAAGAUAUGUUCAUAACUUCAUAGCCAAGAUUGUCAAAUGGAUUUUGGAUGAAAAUCAUCAGGUAUCUGGGAUAUCUGUCCCUUUACAAAUUGUGAUUCCUGAUCCUCCCAAGAGCAAACGUAAUGAUGACGAUGUUCACGUUGCUGGUAGUGACAUUCACAUGACUAUAGAAGAUAACAAUGAAGAGAUUCAAGAAGAUGCUGAUAAAACCAAUGUCACUGAGGAUGUCAAUGACAUCGAAAAUUUUGGAGCUGAUGAUAGUCCAAGGGCAGAUGCUGGAACAGGUACAAAUGUUGUGGAUGUAGAUGAGUACUCUGACAAUGAUUUGGUUUCUACUGUGAACCCUAGUGUAGCCGAAAGGCUCAUGACUAGGAGAAAGGGAAAAGCUGUGAUGCAGAAGUCUCUUGCGAAGAAAGCUGAUGUUAAAAGCCCUUCCAAAGACUCUAUCAAGAAGAAGAGUACCACUGUAGGACCUAUAAAGAGCAGAGUUGUGGCUAAAAGUUUUGGUAUUGGUCCCUCAAAAUCUUGGAGCAAGGUUGUUCCAAAGAAGAGGAAGGCAAGAGCUGUUAAAGAAUUCGAGUCUGAUGUUGAAGUGAAUGUCCAUGACAUUCCAUUAAAGAAGAAGCCCACAACUAGCAAGCUUGCUACUAGUGUACCUGAAGUUCCCAUUGACAAUGUAUCCUUCCACUUUGCUGCAAGUGCAAACAGGUGGAAAUUUGAGCAUCAAAAGAGACUGGCCCUUGAGAGAGAAUUGGCUCAAAAUGCUCGUAACUGUAAGGACAUAAUGGACUUGAUUGAGGCUGCUGGCCUAAUAAAAUCUGUUGUCCAUCUGAGUAAAUGCUAUGAAAUGUUGGUGAAAGAGUUUGAUGAAGCUCAACCUGAGCUUGAAGUCUCUGAUAACAAGGUAUGCCAAGUUAUCACUGCAAACCAAGUCAGGAGCUGGCCCUUGAAAGGAAAAUUGUCUGCUAGUAAACUAAGUAUGAAGUAUGCAAUGCUACAUAAGAUUGGGGUUGCUAAUUGGGUGCCAACAAAUCACAAGUCUACUGUCCCAACUGUUCUUGGAAGAUUUAUCUAUGCUAUUGGUACAAAAGCAAAGUUUGACUAUGGUACCUACAAUUUUUAG